AUGUCAGAAGCCCGCCGAUCCUCAUCGACCAGAUCUCCGCCAUCUCCAACCAUUCCUUCUCCAUUGUCGCAGACCUUCCCCACGACCCCUGUCUCUCGCAAUGAUUCAGGCUACAGCAUGCAAACAUCACUUCGUGAGAAGCGUUCGGGACAUUUCGAUGUGGCGAGCAGGCGCAAUUCUUCCUUUGGAUUCGAUCGUAUGGCCAAUCUGAGGAGACCUAGUGUUGCUAAUGGCAAUCAGCCGUUCAUCAGCCAUAACAGCAGCAUGUCAGGAUCGACUCUAGCUAAUUCUGCUGGUUAUGCGCCCUCGGUCUACGCACCCUCCACCCUCGCCGCUUCGACGAUCAUGCCAAACGCCGUUCAACCUUCUUGCCCGCGUGACACCGAAACUACGAAAUGGAUCGAGGGCCACUGUCUGGUUUGGCGCCCGCGUGAAGACAAGACAUACUGCAGUAUCUGCGAUGACAAGUGCGAAGACGGUGUUUACCGAUGCGGUGGAUGCAACACCAGCGUACAUCCACGCUGCCUACACCAGAUCUCGGUCGUCUGUCCUCUGGCUUUCCGCCCUGACGCCGUUCGCGCCGUCUUCGUCCGUUGCUUCGCCUCACUCUUGUACACCUACCGUCGCUUUAUGCACCCGGCAUCAGGCGAGCGCAGAAAGGCAGGUAUGGUGUAUCACUUCAACAUGGAUCAAUUCAUUCGCAGUGUGCCUGGUGAACAGACCGAACACAUCACCAUGAUGCGCGAAACCCAGAUGUUCAAUGAGUUCAUUCACGAGCGGGAGUCUACUCGUGCCGAGAAUCCGUCCAUCAAGCUGUUUGACGAAAUCAUCCUCGCCAAGCGGAACAGAGGCCGCGGCUCCAUCUUUUCCAAGCACAACACAUCUUGGUUGUUCGACACUUCAGAGCACCUUUGGCGUUCCGCAUCGACUGCAGCACCGAACUCUCGUUUUCCUGGUGACUACCGUCAAGUCGUUAGUAGAAUUCCGGCGAAAUUGGACACCACACUUAUGAAAGAGCCCAGGGCAGUACAGGGUCUGCCUCUCCCACAAACACGCACAAAGCGCAAGCCUAUACCAUCCAUGAUGGGCUUGAGUGUCGACGAAGAACAGACUGCAUAA